AUGGCCAGCUCGGCACGACCAAGCAGCGCAUCUGCUGCGUCAGCUCCUAUCCAACCACCGACAAAGGGCCCUGCCGCCGCACCCAAGCUCGACAGCAACAUGGAGAUGGGCAGCAUACAGAACGAGAGCGCCGGAGCUGGCGCUGGCGCUGGCGCUCCACCGGCGCCCGAGGACGACAUUAUGCAGUUUGCCCGCACCGGCGAUGUGCCCGCGAUGGAGAAGCUCUUCGAGUCGGGCGAGUUUGACGCCACCUAUGCCGACGACGAAGGAAUUACACCUCUGCAUUGGGCAGCAAUUAACAACCAGUAUGCAAUGUGCAAAUUCCUCAUCGAGCACGGCGCCGAAAUUAACCGAAAAGGUGGCGAGUCCAUUGCCACGCCGCUGCAAUGGGCCGCCCAGCGGUGCCACUACUACACCGUCAACCUCCUCCUCCAGCACGGCGCCGACCCCCUCAUCACCGACUCCCAGGGCUACAACACCCUCCACAUCUCCACCUUUAACGGCAACGUGCUGCUGCUUAUUCUGCUGCUGCACCAGGGCAUCCCCGUCGACGUCCUCGACAGCUACGGCCACACCUCGCUCAUGUGGGCCGCCUACAAGGGCUUCCCGCAGUGCGUCGACGUCUUCCUGCGAUGGGGCGCCAGCGUCCAUGCGACCGACGAGCAGGGCUUCACGGCGCUGCACUGGGCCCUCGUCAAGGGACACCCGGCCUGCAUUCUCAAGGUCGUCGAGUACGGCGCCGACCGCUUCGCCAAGACGGACACUGGCAAGACGCCGGCCGUCACGGCCAACGAGCUGCAUACGGAAAAGGCAUGGCACAAGGCGCUGAAAGAGUGUGGCUAUGAUGAGGACGGAAACCCGUCGACGCCGCCGUGGCCCGGCGCAGCCUACUUUCUCCAAGACAAGCGCGCAUUUUUGACCAAGUUCCUGUUCCUGUGGCCGUUUCUGCUGGUGUGGUCGGGACUGAUGACGCUGUCGCAUACGCCGGUAUAUCUCGGAAUUCCCGCUGCAGUUUUAAUCGGCUACGGCAUCACAUUUUGUGCCAAGCAGGUGCUGGAAUAUGCGCCCUCGGAUAUGCGCCACUUCCACAAGACACCGUGGAUGGCUGGCAUUUUUGCCGGCUCACUCUUCUUAGUUGCCGUCAACUGGUUCUUUACCGUUCUGCCCUACACCAUGUUCCGCGCCGAGACGACGCAUCUUCUGCUGAAUCUCAUCUUUGGCGUGUGCAUAUCUCUCACGACAUUCUUCUACGCUGCGUGCAUGCGUUACGACCCCGGCUAUGUCCCCAAGAUGAACGGCAUCGCCGAGCAGCGCGCCGUCAUUGACGACCUGCUCAAGACGUGGAAGUACGACGAGACCAACUUUUGCGUUACGUGCAUGAUCCGCACGCCGCUGCGUAGCAAGCACUGCCGUCGCUGCCAGCGCUGCGUGGCCAAGCACGACCACCACUGCCCCUGGGUCUACAACUGCGUCGGCGUCAACACGCACCGCCACUUCUUCUUCUAUCUUCUCUCGCUCACCGUCGGCAUCCUCUUCUACAACUGGCUGCUGUGGAACUACUUUACCGGCAUCUCUGUCGACUCGUCGGACCAGUGCAACGUCCUGAGCCCCGGUAUCUGCAAGCUGGUCAAUGCCGACGCCUACACGCUGCUGCUAGGCGGCUGGAUCACGCUGCAGCUGACGUGGGUGUCGAUGCUCGUCGCCACGCAGCUCAUCCAGGUGUCGCGCGCCAUGACGACGUACGAGAACAUGAUGGGCAUCAACUCGGGGCAAAACGCCUCGGUGGCAUUCACCUCGACCGGUGCACCGCUUGAUCCCAACCACCCCGCCAUCUCCGCAGGCCCAGCCAAUGCGCCCGCCGCGGCUAAUCGCCAGCGCCAAGGCGGCACCCUGCGACAAUGGAGCCGUCUUCUGGGCGUCGAUCCCUUUAUCGAGACGAUUACCGGCCGUGGCGCGGCUACCGGCAAGAAUCGCCGGAAGAAGAAGAACCCGUAUAGUCGCGGCUGCCUGCUCAACUGCAAGGACUUCUGGUUCGACCCUGCGCCCAUCUUUGGCCAGCGUGACAAUGGCACGGCGCUGCUUGGGGGCGACAAGGUGGACUACACGGACAUGUAUGAGAGUCCGACGCUGAUGCAGCUCACGGGCAUGCGAGCUAGAGGUGGUUACGAGGCUGUGGCUGGCGAGGAGGUCUAG